GCAAUUUUAAGUUCCAAUAUGUAUUUCCAAGUCUGUGGCUUAUUAAUGUUUAUAUACAUGUGAUACAAGUACUGGCAUAAUUCUGUGCACCCAAGCUUUUACCAUUCUGGAAAGUUCUUGAAGCUAGACAAGAUUACGGAGAUGAGAUUCAAACCUUCAUUUCUACUAUGUAAUGGGUUUUUGCAGACCUGUUAUAUCUCAAUUGCUUCUAAAUUUGCAAAGAAAUUGGAGUUUGAUAAAGAAGUGUUUAAGUACUCAGAUGGAGGUCAGACUUACUUGGAUUGGAAGUUCCCUGAGAACAAGACAAAAGGUAUCUGAAUGAUUCUCCCAGGCCUCACUGGAAAUUGAAAUGACAUCUAUGUUAUCUCAGCUGCCAAAGAAGCUCUCAAGAAUGGUUAUAUAGCUGUUGUAUGCAAUCACAGAGGUGUUCCAGGUUUGAAGAUUAGUUCUCCAAAGUUAUACUGUGCAGCCAGUUCUUGGGAUCUGAGAGAAAUAGUUGAUUAUAUUCACUCUAAAUACCCAGAUGAAAAAUUGUAUUGAAUCGGGUUCUCCCUUGGAGCAAACAUUAUAGGAAAGUAUUUAGGUGAGGAAAAAUCUGAAAGCAAGAUUACCAGUGCUGUCUGAAUCAACUCUCCUCUCCAGAUGUUUAAGAUUGAUUUGGAUUCAGUUUAUUUUGGCUUUUUCACAAGGAUCUUGUGAAAUAACGUUAAAAGAAAGAUUCGAGAGCAUAUUUACCUUGAAGAUGAACUAAAGAAGACCCAUGGGGUCUCAAUGACUGAAGUUCUAGAAAAAUCUAAAACUUUAAAAGAAAUUGAUCAUAAUUUGACAGCAAAGCUGUUUGGGUAUGGAAGUGCUGAUAACUAUUACUUAAAAGCUGCUUCUUCAAACUUCAUAGAGUCAAUUGAGACCCCUACAUUAUUUAUUUGAGCUCUUGAUGACCCAGUCAGUUUAAAAGAGUGUAUUCCUUAUUCUUCAUUCCCUUCAGAGCACAAAAGAGACGAUGGAAAUGAGCAUAUAGCUCUACUGACUACAAAUGGAGGAGGCCAUUGCGCACAUUUCACUUCGGUAUUCUCGGGUUCUCAAUGGUUCAACAAACCAGCUUUCCAUUUUCUGGAGCAUACUAAUAAACAAGACUAGGUCAAUCCUGAAA